AUGGCGGCAGAUGUGGAUAGCGAUGUCCCAGAUUGGGGAGCUGCAUUUACGUUCGGGCGAAGUCGAUUUUCCGACAAUGCAGCCGGCAAAUUUUGGAUUAAAGAAGAUCCUAUUAUUCAAAUUGCAUGUGGAGAUGAACAUACAGCUAUUUUAACAGCAUCUGGAAGAUUAUUUACAUUUGGGAAUAAUGAGUGGGGACAGCUUGGACAUGGUCACACAACAACUGUUACAAAGCCUUCUUGUGUAAAAGCACUAAAAGGUGAAAGAGCUACUGUGGUGGCUUGCGGCCGAUCUCAUACAUUAGUUGCUACAGAUGGAGGUCAUGUAUAUGCUUUUGGUUCCAACAGUGAAGGUCAGCUUGGCUCUGCUGAUGAGCAACCUGUACAUGAUGCUCCUGUACGGGUUCAAGGCCUUGAAGGAAUUACCAUUAAAAUGCUCAGUGCAGGAGCAGACCAUUCCAUGGCCCUCACUGACAAAGGAAUUGUUUAUGUUUGGGGAAGUGGUGCCGAAGGACAGAUUGGACCUGAAAAAGGACAUAUUUUGAUUCCUACUGAGCUGAAUCUUGAGUCCAAUAUUAUCUGUAUAUCAGCUGGUUAUUAUCACUCUGCAUUUGUUACAGUGGAUGGGAAGUUGUAUACGUGCGGAGAAGGUGAAUCGGGAAAGCUUGGACUUCCUUAUCAUGCUCUGAAGAAAAGUCCUCUCACUGUCCAUUGUGUUCCUGCCUUUGAUAAGAAGGUAGUGUGGGUCUCCUGCGGUGGAAAUCACACUGUUGCCCUUACAUCUGACGGUAGAGCAUACAGUUUUGGGAGUGGCUUUGAAGGACAGCUCGGAUUAGGAACCAGACUCCUUGAAGUUUCAUCUCCCCAUCAAAUUGUGUUCCUCGAAAAUAUAAGAAUUGCAAGAGCUAGUUGUGGGGAAAACCACACUGCUUUUCUCUCUGACAGGGGACAGUUAUACUCUUGUGGAAAUGGCAGGCAUGGAAAGUUAGCCCUAAUUGGAGUAGAUGAUUCCUCAAAUCAAUUUGUGCCAACAUUAGUAUCUAGAUUCGAAGGUUUUCAAGUACAACAGGUAGAAUGUGGCGGUUGUCACACUAUGGUAUUGGCAGUGAAGAGAGAAAAAGUUUUCAAUUCUGAGAAUUCUGCUAUGCAAAAUGAAAACAUCUCAGCAAGAGAAAGGAGAAGACAGAAAUGUGGGAAACUGCCUCCUUUAACAGGAAAUCCAACCAAGAUUGAUACCUUGUUAACGCUGAAGGCUGAAUAUCGUCCAAGAGUGCAGAGCUUAUCAAAAGGGCCGGUUUGGUAUGUUCCGUUGCAACAGUCUUCAAAAUGUAAUGCAAAUGGAUCUGACGAAGAGGAUGACGUGCAGACUGGGAUGGACCGCAGGAAUUCAGUCCUGAGCGAAGUGGAGAAGGACGAGAGCAUAAGGCACGUAGACAGUGAUGUCGAAUCAGACAGCUCUGAUACCUGUGACCUGAAUCGGACACACACUUUGAUCAGAAUUGACAACACCAUCUCGUUGGUCCGACCAGAAAUCUCUGAUACUCAAUCCACUGUAGAAACAGAAAUUUGUACAGAAUCAAAACAUUUGUUGAAACAUGGUACAAGUUUUUCGAAGCCUUCUGCAAAGAAAUCCCGUCCAUUGUCCGAUAACCAUUUUGGGUUGCAGCUUUCACUUCGUCAUCCAAAUGGUAACGUCGCUUUGAAAGUUCUUGUUCAUUGGGACAAAAAGCAUGGAAGUCAGGAAGUGAAUGGUCUGAGCUAUAAGGAGGGUGAUCCCACACUUCCCACCCAAACUUCGUCUUCCCUCGCACUCAGCGUUGUCAAUAUCCAUACAUCUAUUCUCAAACAUAUUGCACCAUUUUGCAAUAGCUUGAUGUGA